CACCGCGAUGAGUACCCCGGCUUCCAUGAAUCCCUUUCUGCUAGCAUCAGCAUGCUUUGGCUCCUGGCGGGCACUGAGCGUUCUUCUCAGUAGGGAAGAUGGGCCUGCAGAUGCGGUGUCAACCCAAGCAUUCCUUGACUUGCUCGAGGCCAGCUCAAGUCCGGAGACUCAGGAAGCUUCCGAUGUUGAAGAAGGCGCUGAUCAGACCGCGUGGCCUCCGGCACCGAUUCUGGAGGGUGUCACCGCUGAUGGGGACACCGCACUACACGUGUUGGCUACAUGUGGAGACGGCGACAACUUCUUGAGGAGCGCUGACAUAGUCUACCACAAGGCCAGAUACCUUCUGGUCGCGCAAAACAGCAAGGGUGAUACACCCCUGCAUUGUGCUGCCCGAGCUGGGAGACCCAAAAUGGUCUCUCGUCUCAUUGCUCUAGCCAGAGGUGAGGCCAACAUCGGGGAGAUGCUCAAGGAAGUCGUGAGAAAGGAGAAUGGGCGUAAGGAGACGGCCUUGCACGAGGCUGUCCGCCUUGGUAGCAAGCAUACAGUCGAGCUUCUAAUGGCGGCUGAUUCGGAAUUGGCUAGUUUUCCUAAAGAAGGCACAUCGCCAUUGUAUCUAGCCAUCUUGCUAGAACGUAUCGACAUUGUGCAGUCACUAUAUGUUAUGAGUGGUGGGAAUCUUUCUUAUUCUGGACCAAAUGGACAAAAUGCAUUGCAUGCUGCCGUUCUUCGAGGCCAAGAUAUGACAGAAAUGCUAUUGAGAUGGAACAUUGGUCUUGCAAUACAAGGGGAUCAAAACGGGAGCACGCCCCUUCACUUCGCUACAUCAGUGCUACGCCCAAGAGGUGUACACUUCUGGAUCCACAGCCCUUGGUUUCCUUGGGAACGUGGUGUUUGGCAUUCAGGCAUGCCAUUCAAGCAAGUGCUGGAAGCUAACCUAGCUACAAUGUGUCAGUCAGAUGAUAAGGGGUUAUACCCUGUACACACUGCUACCUACAUAGGAGCGAACAAGGCAAUCGUCAAAUUUCUGGAGAAAUGCCCCAACAUCGCUGGUUUGCGCGACAUUAAGGGAAGAUCUUUCCUUCAUGUCGCUGUUGAAAAGAAGCGAUGGCAUAUAGUCACGCAUGCUUGCAAUACUCCGUCAUUAUCAUGGAUUUGGAACAUGCAAGACAUUGAUGGAAACACUGCACUACACCUAGCUGUAAAACAUGAAGUUCAGGACAUAUUUUGUUUACUCUUGGAGAAUCUGGAAGUGCACUUAAAUAUAACUAAUAACAAUGGGGAAACUCCUCUGGACCUGUCGGAGAGUAAGAUGCGCGCUGGGUCUUUUUGGUCAUGGAGCCCCAAAUUCUUGAUAAACAGUGCAUUAAAGUAUUGUCACGCUAAGCAUGGGAAUCGUCGGUUGGAUCACUUUGAAGAACAGUACAUUCAACCAUUGGACGAAGAGAAAGAAUCAGAGAAACUGACAAGUUCCACGCAGACUCUGGGCCUUGGCUCAGCGAUAAUGGCAACUGUGGCAUUUGGUGCAAGUUUCAAUCUACCUGGAGGUUAUAAAGACGAUGGCACCCCAGCACUUUCUGGGAGGUACGUUUUUGAUGCAUUCGUUGCGGCCAACUCAUUGGCAUUCGCCUGUGCUGGUUUGGCUACUAUCAAUCUCAUGUACUCUGGAACAGCUAUCGUUGAUGUCCCAUUGCGCGUUCGGCACUUUGACAUAGCUCUGUUCUUCGCGUUUGGUUCAGUCACAAGCUUGGGUACAGCCUGUGCGUUAGGCUUGUACGUGACUCUAGCUCCAGUUGCUUAUAUGACUGCAACUGGAAUCUGUGUGGUGGCAUCUGUUUUAUCUCUGUGUGCGUUCAUUGACCCUAUGAGAGGCCGCGCUGUAGCAAGAGCAUUAUAUGCUAGGCUCGGGAAUCAGGCAUUGCUGAUCUUUGCACGUAUUAUCAUCCUCCGAGGAGCAAUGGUGUAUUGGCCCUUGGUAACAAGCUUCAUUUCGGCAGCGAUUUCAGCUAAAUAUCGUCAUAAAUGA